AUGAUUGACAACGAACUACGACAGCUGAAAGAAUCUUUGACUAGAAACGCUUAUCCCGAUGCGUUUAUCGAAAAGCACAGCAAGCCUAAAUUGAUCAGACAAACGAAUUGUUCAGCAGAAAAACUACUAGUCACCCUUCGUCUUCCAUUCAAACGUGAUCACAUCAAUUGCUUGCUCAAACGACCACUUGGAUCAGCGCUUGCCCAAAACAAAUAUUAUGCGCCUGACCUCAGAAUUAUUCAUCGAACGAUUGAGAUCCCCACACCCUCGGUGAAACAACGUCCACCUCUGUACACCAAAUCGAAUCUGAUUUAUCAAUUUCAGUGUAGUUGCGGAGCAACCUACGUGGGUCGAACAGAGCGCCAGUUACGUAACCGAGUGAUUGAAUAUAUUCCAAAUUGGGUACAACGUUUUGUGAUGCAAUCAGGGUCAGAUCAAAGGCAUAAUGACAACGUUCGAAACCAUAAGAUCCCGUCGUCGGCUGUCGGCCGUCGGCCGUCGGCCGUCGCUCGUCAUCUUCUGAUGACGCAACAUCCAGCUGACCGAAGCACUGCGUUUCGGGUCAUUUACGUGGCAAAGAAUACGAGGCUUUUGAGCUUUGUGUCUGUGGAAUAUGAACGUGGUCUGGUCCGAACACUAUUUCAAACAGCACGACAUAUCUGCACAGAAGACAUGAUUGACAACGAACUACGACAGCUGAAAGAAUCUUUGACUAGAAACGCUUAUCCCGAUGCGUUUAUCGAAAAGCACAGCAAGCCUAAAUUGAUCAGACAAACGAAUUGUUCAGCAGAAAAACUACUAGUCACCAUUUGUCUUCCAUUCAUACGUGAUGACAUCAAUUGCUUGCUCAAACGACCACUUGGAUCAGCGCUUGCCCAAAACAAAUAUUAUGCACCUGACCUCAGAAUUAUUCAUCGAACGAUUGAGAUCCCCACACCCUCGGUGAAACAACGUCCACCUCUGUACACCAAAUCGAAUCUGAUUAACCAAUUUCAGUGUAGUUGCGGAGCAACGUACGUGGGUCGAACAGAGCGCCAGUUACGUAACCGAGUGAUUGAAUAUAUUCCAAAUUGGGUACAACGUUUUGUGAUGCAAUCAGGGUCAGAUCAAAGGCAUAAUGACAACGUUCGAAACCAUAAGAUCCCGUCGUCGGCUGUCGGCCGUCGGCCGUCGGCCGUCGCUCGUCAUCUUCUGAUGACGCAACAUCCAGCUGACCGAAGCACUGCGUUUCGGGUCAUUUACGUGGCAAAGAAUACCAGGCUUUUGAGACAAAUUGACGGUGUCGCAAUCGGAACUCCAUUGAGCCCCAUUCUGGCACAUCUGUUUUUGGCUCAUCUUGAGGAAAAGGCGAGCAAAAUCCUCGAACGUUCACAACUUUACAAACGAUACGUUGAUCAUGUUCUAGUCAUCACAAUAAGUCUAGAAGAGACAACAUGGAUUAUGGAUGAACUCGAUCGCCUGCAUCCGAAUAUACGAUUUACGAUGGAAACAGAAAUCGAAGAUACACUGCACUUCCUCGACAUUAAAAUGACUAGGAAUAAUGAUGGAACAAUGGCCAGAUCUGUUUACCGAAAAGAAACUUGGACAGGCCAAUGCUUGCAAUUUGACAGCUUUGUGUCUGUGGAAUAUGAACGUGGUCUGGUCCGAACACUAUUUCAAACAGCACGACAUAUCUGCACAUAA